UGGGCUUCGCGUCCCAAAAAUCCACAAGAUAUUUCCCCUCCGAGCUCCUUUCAUCCGAUUCCUUCCGUUCCGUUCCGCUCCACCCCCCUCCCCCCCGGCGCACGAAACCCCCAGCCGCACCCCAUGUCGGCCGCCGUCCGCUCCCGCGCCGCGGCGGCGGCGCUCUCCGCCGCGCGCCGCAUCCACGGGGGCCGCGCCGCGGGGCAGAAGCAGCAGGGCGGCGGCGGCGACGGCGACGGCCCCGGCGCGCUCCGCCGCCCGUGGACCCUCUUCCGGCGCCAGCAGCAGCAGGAGCACGGCCGCCUCCCCCACGCCGCCGCUGCUGCCCCGGACCCCGCCACAGACCGCGGGGCCGGCGGCUCGGACGACGGGGAGCCGCCGGAGAUCUGGCGCCAGCCAGGGGAGGCCCCCGGGGAGCGUGCGGCCGCGGCCGCCGUGGGGAGGAUCGACGUGGUUAGGGUUGCGGUUCCCGGCGGCGGGGACGGAUUUGACGGGAAAGACGGGGCCGGGGAGACCGCGGGGUGGGGUGGGUCUAACCUCGGCCGGCGGUUCCCCACGCCCAAGGAGAUUUGCCGUGGCCUCGAUAAGUUUGUCAUCGGCCAGCAGCGGGCCAAGAAGGUGUUGUCUGUAGCAGUUUAUAAUCACUAUAAAAGGAUAUAUUGCGAAUCACUCUCCAGCAGGUCUGCUGGAGAUUGUAGCGAGAGCGAUUCUUGCACAAGUGACACUGACAUGGUAGAGCUUGAGAAAAGCAACAUCCUUGUCAUGGGUCCUACGGGCUCGGGGAAAACAUUGCUGGCAAAAACACUAGCAAGAUUUGUGAACGUGCCCUUUGUUAUAGCUGAUGCAACAACCCUCACUCAGGCUGGAUAUGUUGGUGAGGAUGUUGAAUCGAUUUUGUAUAAGCUCCUAGCGGCUGCUGAUUUUGACGUAACUGCUGCUCAGCAAGGGAUCGUCUACAUUGAUGAAGUUGAUAAAAUAACGAAGAAGGCUGAAAGCAUCAAUCUUAGCAGAGAUGUUUCAGGUGAAGGUGUUCAACAGGCACUGUUAAAAAUGCUUGAGGGAACGGUUGUUAGUGUUCCUGAGAAAGGAGCCAGAAGGCAUCCAAGGGGUGACAAUAUCCAGAUUGAUACAAAAAACAUUCUAUUCAUUUGCGGUGGUGCUUUUGUAAACUUGGAGAAAACUAUUUCGGAAAGGAGACACGAUUCUUCAAUUGGUUUCCGAGCGCGGGUUCGUUCAAAUAUGCGAACUGGUGGUGUCAUCAAUGCUGAGAUCACAUCUUCUCUACUGGAAUCAGUUGAAAGUGGCGAUCUCAUUGCAUAUGGAUUAAUUCCAGAGUUUGUUGGUAGAUUUCCAAUUCUUGUUAGUCUGUCCUCUCUCAGUGAAGAUCAACUUGUUGAGGUUCUCACAGAACCAAAGAAUGCCCUUGGAAGGCAGUAUACAAAGUUGUUUGAAAUGAAUGAUGUCAAAUUGCAUUUCACGGAGAAGGCUUUACGGCUUAUUGCCAAAAGAGCAAUAGCAAAGAAUACUGGGGCUCGAGGUUUAAGGUCCAUAUUAGAAAGUAUAUUGACUGAAGCAAUGUAUGAGAUUCCAGAGACACGAACUGGAAAAGACAAAAUAGAUGCUGUGGUUGUUGAGUCUGUUGGAUCAGCAAAUCAACAUGGGAUUGGAGCUAAGAUUCUUUGUGGCGAAGGAGCAUUGGAUCUCUAUCUGGCCAAGCAUGUUAAUAAAGAAUCAAUGCGCCAACAGCCGGAGAAAUCGAACGGGGAAUCUGAGAUCGAUACAGAAGCCCCUUCUAGAGUGGCCAGCAUGUAGGGUUCCUGACAAUAGUAAUUAUGUAUAUAAAGAACUUGAUGCCGGCCUUGUAACUGUAGCCAAUUCAAAUGUAAAGCCAUGCCCUUGAAUUCAUCAUGUAUAAAGUCAGCUCUGGGGUUGUAAUUUAUUAUGUCAAAUUGGUAACUGGAGCUUGAUCCUUCAGACUUCACGUUCAAGAAAAGUAAAGGGGUGGUCCUGAGUAUCCAUUAAGUACGAAGGACUUCUAGGUUGGACAAGCCAGGCUGCCCCUGCCCAGUGUCCAAUGAGUUUACCGAUUGAUUUUA